CCUCACCCUCCAUGCACCUCUCAGCUGUCUCUCUCACAACAAUAAAAAUGGCCGGACUGGAUCACCACCACGGCCACCAGCACAUACCUCGGGGCCACAUUCCCAACCCCCUGGAUGAAAAACUACUUAGAAUCAUCAGGGAAAACUUGACAGACCAGGAGUUGCAUUUAUCUGAAGAAGAAAGAUGGAGAUUAGAACACCUACGGCUACAUGAGAAACAUAAGGGCCACGAUGAGAUGCACGCAGAAAUGGUCCUCAUCUUAAUGGUGGUCACUAUUAUAGCACAAAUUGGACUCGUGGCCUGGAAAAAAAAUCACUACAAAUCAUAUCAGCUAGUGAGCAUGAUAGGUGUUUGGGUAAUUCCCUUCAUCUUAUGCCUGCAUAACCACUGGUGGCGUUUCAUCUUCAUCUGGCUGCUUUUCUCUUCCAUCACCAUUAUUGUCGUAAAGAAAGCACUCGAGAGACCACUAGAACAAACUACACCCAGACAAGUAUAUAAAUGGUUUCUUCUCAUCUACAAGAUCUGCUGUGGCCUCGGAGUGGUGGGUUACGUGAUCAUAAUGAUAACUAUGAUGGGUUUUAACUUCCUGUUUGGAGUCAAGCCCAAUGUGUGGAUGGACAGUGGACUUCUAUUUAUUUUCUAUGGACUGUAUUACGGGGUUCUUGGGCGAGAUAUUGCUGAAGUGUGUGCAGACAAGAUGGCUUCCCAUGUUGGGUAUUAUACUCCACAUGGCAUGCCUACUCGCACUCUUGAACCUGGAGUGUGUGCUGUGUGUGGUAAUCCACAGUUAGUCCCAGAGGGUGAGGAGGGCAUCAUUGAAAACACUUAUCGCCUGUCUUGCGGUCAUACCUUCCAUGAGUUUUGUAUUCGAGGCUGGUGCAUUGUUGGCAAGAAACAGACUUGCCCAUACUGUAAAGAAAAGGUGGAUCUCAAGAAAAUGUUUUGCAACCCAUGGGAAAAGCCUCAUGUAUUUUAUGGGCAGUUACUAGACUGGAUCAGAUUGUUAGUGGCAUGGCAGCCAGCGAUUAUUUUCCUCGUUCAAGGCAUUAACAACUAUCUUGGCCUCCAAUAAAGGUUGUCAACAUAGAUCUCUAGUCAUGUUAAUAUAUUUUCCUUUGUCAAGACAAAAUAUUGCUGUUGAACUGAAACAAUAUUAUGUAUUUAUUAUUUGAAACUAGUGUAAGCUAGAAGUGGAUUAUCUCAGAGUGCUAUAUUCUGUUGAGGCAACAAGAUGGUUGAUAUAUUUUCUUCCUUUAUUGUACAGAAAACAUUGAUGUGACAUGCUAGAAAAAAAAAAGUGUGUGGCUUAGCGCUUCUUUUUUGAUUAUAAUAAUAAUAGAAAAAAUGUGCUAACUCCAUUCCGGUCGUUGAGCCCUGAAUUUGGCGAGUUUGGUAUAAAUUUUUAAUAUAAUGUUUUAAAUUGAAAAAGACUUCCUCUUUUAAAGCUUUUUUUGCAGCAUGCAUAUAUGUAAAAAUAGUACUCAUGGCAGCAAAAACAUGAAUAUCAUGUUCUACAAUGUGUGUGACAUUUUAUACAAGAUGCAUAGUUUUCCAUAAAUAAGCCUUAAUAGGCUUUUUACUUUUUUUUUUUCUGUACUGCACUAUGGAGUAUGGACAAGGUCUUCCAUCAUCAAGAAGUUGGGUCUUUGGCCAGUCAUGAAUAGUGAAUGAGGAAGGUUUGAAUAUCAUGGUAAGGAUAAAGUGCCUCAUUCUGCUCUUUGAGUUUUGUGAAUUUUGUCAAUUUGUGUGCAUUACUUGAUUCAUAAAUCAACUGCCCAUACUGUAUACAGAGAAGUGAGGAUAUGUGCAGACAGGAAGGAGCAAGGCUCUAAAUCUGUUAUAUUUUUAAAUGGCUAAUUUGCUUAGCUGUUGUAAGGUAACUCAAGAAAUCACAGUAAGCAUUGCAGUUUCACUUUAAACUGCAUCACCCCAGUUGAAUGUGCUGCAUUGCUGUUGCAAUUAAAUUUUAUGAUUGUUAUUUAACAAGAAUUUUGCAUUGUUUUUAUUUAUUAAGAAAUUAUAUAUUUGAUUUAAUUAACAUCAAAAUAUAUAAAAGAUUAAGUUACUUUUGUUACCUCCUCAAAAUUAGUGUAGGUCUACUAAGCUAAGGAGCCUUAAUUUUUUUUUUUUCAUAAAGUAAAAAAAAAAAUUGAAAAUUGUUUCACAGAAAUCGUAUAACAGGAACAAUCAGUGCGCGGAAGGAAUUUGAAUAUUUUCUGUGUACAUGUUAUCAUAAUAGUAUAUAAGCCUAGAAUUCAAAAAUGUAGUAAACUGGCACUAAUUUUUCCAUGGUCUUUGUAUGCCUUGAUUUUCAGUAAGGUCAUGUAUAAGGAUAGACAAAUUUGUAAUCAGUAAGAAUAAAACAUGAUUUUUGCCACACCUGAGGUGCUUAACAGGAAAAAAUGUGCAUUUGUAAAGAAUUGAGAAAAAAUCUUCAACUACACAGUAUAUAUGUCAAAUUCCUUAUGUAUAGAUGCAAUACUUUUUAAUUUAGAUGCUCUUAUCUCAUGGAUUUUUUUUUUUAUUUUUUAGUCAAUAAAAUGUAUGUGAAGAUUAGUGGUAAAUGACUGAUGUUAAAAUGUGGUUUCCUCAACCUUAAGAUAAUUGAAAAUUGAAUUUACAGAGCUGAAGUACAUACAAGUGUUUCCAUGGAUCACAAUGACAUACUUCCAACAAUAGUGAAGGUGAGGCACAUUACAGAAUGAGUUUUUAUUGGGAUGUUUUUUUUAUCUUUGACAACAUUCCCAAUAAAAUUACUACAAUGAUGUGGGGAACACUGAAUCCCUUUGGGGGGGGAAUGGUCAUGCAGCUGUCUUGGCAGAAUUAUCAAAAGGAAACUCUAAACCUCGUCUCGGUAGACGCUCAUUCUGCGACAUGUCUUAGCUUCAGGGAUUUUUGUAAUCUUGGACAUGCUGUUUCACAUACAGGAUUCCUAAAUAGGUUUAUAACUAUAUACCUUUGAGCUAUUACACUAAUAGUAUUUGUGCUUAAAUAUUUUUCUAAUUUCAUGUUUUGUCUCCUAUAUUUUUGUAGAUAUGCUGGAUGAAUUUUUUAUAUAAUUUUUUUAGGGUCAAAAAUGCACAUCAUAAUACUUGAUCUCUUUUCAGUCAUUUAUGUUGUUUAAUGACUUUGUCAAAGAUUUUUCUCCUUAUUUAUGUAUGUUAUGGUCAGUGUUAGUUAAUAUAUUUUUCAUUUUGUGUAGACCUCUACCUAAGUUUCAUUUUGUGUUACCCAUGAUUAAUAUCUAUGUAAUUAAUUAAAAUUAAUUCACAAUA